AUGAAAACAUUAGUGUGGAACUGUUACGGGCUUGGCAACCCGUUAACAGUAAAAGCUCUCCAAGAUUGGUGUUGGAGGGAUAGGCCGAACAUUGUUUUCGUCAUGGAAACAAAGAUGGACGCUGGUAGACUCGAGUUGGUACAUAAUAGGUGUGGUUUUGAGAAUGGUUUCUGUCUAAGUAGUAACGGGAGGUCCGAAGGGCUAGGAUUCUGGUGGCGGGACAUUAAAGUGAAUAUCUGUUCAUACUCACUUCAUCACAUUGAGGUAGAAGUGUGUGACAGUGAGAAUGUGCCAAAGUGGAAAGCAGUAGGUAUCUAUGGUUGGCCGGAGGCAGCGAAUAAGCAUUAUACGUGGGAGUUAAUGAGAGCUAUCAAAGCUCGGAGUUCACUCCCGACUGUUAUGUUUGGUGACUUUAAUGAGAUUAUGGGUAUGCAUGAGAAAGAAGGGGGUGCAGUAAGGGGGGAAAGACAGUUAGACGCAUUCCGGGAGGCAAUAGAGGCGUGUGAUUGUCGUGACUUGGGCUAUAAAGGCAACAUCUUCACAUGGAAGCGUGGCACGUCCAUGGAGACGAUGGUGCGAGAGAGACUCGACAGAUACAUAGCAGAUACACAAUGGUGCUCAAUGUUCCCAUAUUCGGAGGUAAUUCACUUUCCUAUUUGCCACUCAAAUCAUGCGGCAAUCUUGCUAAAAUUUGGGGACAAAGAGGAGAAGAAGAAAAAUGGGAAGCUGUUUCGUUUUGAGGCCAUGUGGUUAUCUAGGAAUGAAUGCGGGGCAGUGCAAAAGAGGAUCAAAAUGGCUGAACGUAAGCUUAAGGAGACGCAAGGCAGGGCUCUAGAUGCUCAACAGUUGCUACAAUGUAAUGAAAUUGUUGACGAGUUGGAUGAUUUGCGUAGGUUAGAGGAGUCUUAUUGGCAUGCACGUGCAAGAGCGAAUGAGUUGAGGGACGUCAACAAAAGGGGAGAUGGAUGCGAUUAUUGCAGAGUACUUUGGUGGUUGUUUGCGUCGGGCAGCCCGGACAGGUUCGAUGAGGCUCUGGUGGGGGUCGAAAUGGUGGUUACUAAUGAUAUGUGGGAGAUGUUAGAGGAGGAGCCAACAGGUGAAGAGAUCCGAGAGGCGCUUUUUCAAAUGCACCCCAACAAAGCACCCGGCCCGGAUGGGAUGCAUGCCCUCUUUUUUCAGAAAUUUUGGGGGGUGAUUGGCGGGGAUGUGAUUCGGUUUGUGAAAGGGUGGUGGCGGGGGGAGGUGGACUUGAAGGAAGUUAAUCGUACGUGCAUUGUCUUAAUUCCGAAAGUAAAUGAUCCGAAAAGAAUGACGGAGUUUAGGCCGAUAAGUUUGUGCAAUGUUUUGUAUAAAAUUAUCUCCAAAACCCUGGCUAAUAAACUAAAGACAAUGUUAGGUACAAUUAUCUCGGAGAAUCAAAGUGCUUUUGUCCCAAAAAGAUUAACUACGGAUAAUGCACUGGUAGCUUUUGAGAUCUUCCAUUCGAUGAAACGGCGUGGGGAAGGUAAGGAUGGUACGAUUGCGCUUAAACUUGACAUGAGCAAAGCCUAUGAUAGGGUGGAAUGGGUGUUUUUGGAGAGAGUGAUGCUCAAGAUGGGUUUCCAACAAAGCUGGAUUGGGCGUAUCAUGCAGUGCUUAAAUUCGGUUUCCUUCUCCUUUAAGUACAAUGGCAGUAUUUCCGGAGCUUUAAUCCCAACUCGGGGCCUUAGGCAAGGGGACCCGAUUUCCCCGUACCUUUUCCUGAUAUGUGCGGAUGCGUUUUCAAUGCUCCUCAAGAAGGCAGUGACGGAUAAUGCCAUCCACGAAGCUCGAGUCUGUAGAGGUGCACCUAGGGUAUCUCACCUAUUCUUCGCCGACGAUAGUAUUUUGUUUGCUAAAGCCAAUUUGCAUGAGUGCUCUAAAGUGGCUGAUAUAAUCAGUACGUAUGAAAGAGAAUCUGGUCAGAAAGUUAACCUUAGCAAGACAGAGGUUGCCUUUAGCAAGUGUGUUGAGGAAGGACGUCGACAAGAGAUUGUGAGUACAUUAGGAGUAAGGGUGGUCGAUAAACAUGAGAAGUAUUUGGGGUUGCCAACGAUUAUCGGAAGAUCAAAAAAGGCGGUCUUUGCAUGUUUAAAAGGAGAGAAUUUGGAAAAAGCUACAAGGGUGAAAGGAGAAACUGUUGUCUCGCCCGGGAAAGGAGGUUCUUAUAAAGGCAGUAGCACAGGCUAUCCCAAAAUAUAUGAUGAGCGUAUUCAGGAUACCAGACGGGCUGAUCGAAGAGAUACACUCGGUUCUGGCUCGUUUUUGGUGGGGAUCAAACGGGUCGGAGCGGAAGAUUCAUUGGCACAGGGUGUACUAAAGGAAAAAUAUUAUAAACACUCAGAUUUCCUCGAUGCCUUUAGAGGGUAUGACCCGAGCUAUACGUGGAGAAGUAUAUGGGGCGCAAAGGCACUACUUCUUGAUGGAAUGAAAUGGAGAGUGGGUAAUGGCUCUUCGAUAAGGGUCUGGGACGACUCGUGGCUACCAAGUGAGGGUAACACGUAUGUCCCGACGCCUGGGAUUGAUAGUAAUCCUGAUAUGCAAGUGUAUGAGCUAAUCAAUUUUGAUGAAGGUGGAUGGGACGUUGCAAAGGUGGAGGCAACAUUUAAUGGGGAUGAUUGCAGGGCCAUGCUUGACAUUCCGAUCUCGAAUUUCUGGCCGCAAGAUAGACGGUAUUGGUGGUCCGCUUCUGAUGGCGUGUAUACGGUCAGGACAGGGUACUGGUUGGGGAGACUAGGGCAGACUCGUGCAUGGGAGAUGUACUAUGGUGAAAGAGAAAGGGAGUUGUGGCGGGUGGUCUGGCAGCUAGGGGAGCCUCCGAAACUGUGCCAUUUCAUUUGGAGGGCAUGCAAGGGAAGCCUAGGGGUGAUGGAUGUUUUAUGUAAGAGACAUAUCCGGGACAAUAGUCAAUGCCCAGUUUGCGGAGCCAUGGAAGAGACACUUAUGCACGCCGUAUUCGAAUGUAAGUAUGCGUCUACGAUUUGGUCUCAUAGUGAAUUCUUUGGGCUGCUUGCAGAGGCACCAUGUGAAUCGUUUGAAGAGAGAUUUGUUUGGUUGGCGGGGAAGAUGGAAAGGGACCAGCUACGGGUGGUGGCAUCGCUGGCAUGGGCUGCUUGGUUCUGUCGGAAUAAGGGUGUUUUUGAUGCAGCUAAUACAGUUGAUCCGGUUAGUAUUGCAGCUGGUUUUGUGAAGUUAAAUAAGGACUAUGGAAGCUAUAUGGGUAAGGUGGGAAUGGUAACACAGCAGACUCACUUUCCCUCGGCCUCGACGUGGAUAAAGCCUCCUGAAUUUUGUGUCAAGGUGAAUGUGGAUGCGCAUACUAUGGAAGGUAUUGGGGUGAGGUUCGGGGUGGUUAUAAGGGAUGAGAAUGGGAAAAUCCUUUUAGCGGCUGUGAAGAGUGUUGGGGCGCGCUGGAAGCCGGCACUAGCAGAGGCUGGUGCUGCUAGGUACGGGUUGGAACUAGCGAGGAGGAUGGGGUACAAAACAGUCAUCUUGGAGUGCGAUGCUCUUAAUGUGGUUCGAGCGAUUCAAGAGAAGCAAGAUGGGGCUAAAAAACCAUCAAAGGAAGGGCGGUAG